CAUCCAUCCGUCCGUCCGUCCAUCCAGGGUCAGGUCCUGGAGAAAAACUCAGACCUCCUUCUCUUCAGCUCCUCCUGGAAAAUCCCAAGAUGUUCCCAGACCAGAGAAGACCCUGACCCAGUUUAACCCUUCGGGUGGGAAUGCAUAGAAAACCUCCAGAGGGAGGUGACCAGCUGACUCCUGUUGAUGAGGAGGGGCAGCAGCCCUCUGAUAUCCCCUUCGAGAGGAUUACAUCCUGGAUCUUCUUCUUUUGGUCUUUAUCCAGAUCAUCUGAUUGUAGGUGAGGGUUAAAUCGUAGAAGGACCAGGAAAUCCGGGACCUGCUCUUCUCCUUCUUCUCCUUGACAAACUGGAUCAGAACCCUUUUUUCUAGUGUGGUCCUGAUCCGUUGGUCCAUCUCAUCCCCAUCUUUCCAUCCUUCCGGAUCAAGAAACCAGGAAAGUAGAAGUCCUCCUCCCGACCCAGAGACCCCCCCCCCAGCCUGGAGGGGCUGUUCUACCUCAGAACUUCAUUUUGUUUAAAUGUCUUUUUACUGGUUUUUCUGGUGUUUUUCCACAUCUGAGUUGGUGGCUGAUUCCUGUAUCCUGAUGACAUCGGAGCUCUUUGUUCUUGCAUCCCGCUGUGGUCUGUUAGCAGCAGAUGGUCAUUCUGCUUCCCUCCAGAUCCUACCCACGGACUUCCCGCUGUCGGACCUUUUCCUGUGGCUGUGGUGGAAUAUUCCAGCAACAGCAUGAAGAAAAACCCACACAUGCAUCUCCACCAACAGCACCAAAACCCAAAGUCGCUCCGGUCCGGGUUCACCUUCACACUCCGACCGGAGCCAGGCAGGAGGCGAUAAGCGGUCUAGUGGGAGCUAAAUGUGGAAAUCAGCGGUGAUAAGGAGAGUCUGAUGAGCUGACGUCAGUCCUGAUGGUCAAAGACCAGGCAGACGGAACUAAAAACUGUAAGAGAGUAUCUAAAGAGAAGGUCACACACCGGAAGCUGCAGCUAAACCUUCCAGAGAAGAAUCCAAAUCAGGACAUGGAAGUUCACACUUGGAUGGAAGAGACGACCAACGAGGAAGAGAAGACGGAACAGGUUUCAUCAGACGACGGGAAUCGAGUGGAGCCUCUCCAGGAGAAGAUGGAGACGUCAGAGGCUUCAGCUGAGGGGAGGCUGGACACAGAGGAGAGGGAGGAGGUCAAAGGUGAAGGAGUAACAGAGGAGGAAAACCCGGAGGAGGAAGAUGGAGAAAAAGAGACGGAUGGAGGAGAUGAAGGGGAGCACGAGGAGUCAAAAACAAAGCAACGUUUGGGACUUUGGGAAUCCGAGGCAUCGUCAGACGGAAAAGCUCCUCUUCCGGAUCCGUGCUUUAACAGAAGAUGCAGCGUGAUCAUCAGUGAUGUCAGAUACAAGGAGGACUUUGAGAAGAUGAAGGGUCAGAGUCUGUUUGUUCCUGGAGCUGAACUCAUCCACGCCAAGAACAUCAGCGCUGUGAUUUCUGAGUCCAAGUACAAAGAGGAGGGGAAGAAGGAGGCGGCGUUGUCUCUGUACUCCGUCCUGCCUGAAACUCCAGAGACCCAACAUGCCAGAGAAGCUUCAGAGCUGCAGAGUGAGAUCAAAUAUAAAGGAAACAUGAAGAUGGAGAUUUCUUCUUCUCUUUAUUCUCUGCUGCCAGAAACCACAGAAACACAGUUUGUUAAAGAGCUGACCGAGAUCCUGAGUGAGAACAAAUACAAGGAGGAAGGAAAGAAGGAGCUGAGCAACAGUUUGUACUCUCAGCUUCCUGAAACCAGCGAGAUGCAGCUGGCGAAGACGGUCCACGAGUUUCAGAGCGAGAAAAAGUACAAAGAAGACGGGAAGAGAAAAGCCUCCAUCUCCCUGUACUCCCAGCUUCCAGAGACUCCAGAGAUCCAACACGCUCUGGAGGUUUCUCAGCUGCAGAGUGAGGUGAACUAUCGACCCCGGCUGUUGACUAAAGGAGCCCCAUCGUCUCUGUACUCUCAGCUCCCUGACACCUCAGACAUCCAGUUUGCCAGGGAGAUGACGGAGCUCCACAGUGAGAGUAAGUACAAGGAGAGCAGCAGGAAGAGCCUCUCUCAGAGUUUCUACUCUCAGCUGCCUGAAACAGCAGAGACCCAGUUUGCUAAAUCUGUGGCUGAGCUGCAGAGUCAGACGCGCUGCAGAGAGGCAGGGCAGACGUCCAGCUUGUUCUCAACGUUAGCAGAAACGUUGGAGACGGCGCGAGCAAAGGAAGUCUCCGAGCUCUGCAGCCAGCUGAAGUAUAAAGAAGACGGUGUAAAGGAGAUGAGCAUCAACAUGUUCUCUCUGCUGCCGGAAACCAUGGAAACGCAACACGCCAAAGCAGCGUCAGAGCUGCAGAGUCAGGUCAAAUAUAAAGAAGGACUGAAGAAGAACCAGAGCAGCUUGUACCAUAAACUAGCAGAAACCCCAGAGACACAGCUGGCCAAACAUCUGUCCGAGCUGCAGAGUCAGGCCAAGUAUAAAGAGUCUGGUAAGAAGGAGGCUGGUCACUCCCUGUACUCGCUGCUGCCGGCGACGCUGGAAACUCAGCACGCUAAAGAGGCCUCAGAGCUGCUCAGUCAGGUGAAGUACAAAGAAGACGGGAAGAAGGAAAUGUCCAGGUCUCUGUUCUCCAGCCUGCCCGAAACCUUAGAGAGCAGCUUCGUCAGAGAGAUGAGCGACGUCCUGAGUCAGAUUAAAUACAAGGAGAACGGGAUUAAGAGCCUCCCUCAGAGCCUCUACAGUCAGCUGCCAGAAACAGCUGAGAUGAAAUUCACCAGAAAGGUUGAGGAGCUGCAGAGCGAGAGGGAGUACAAGAAGGGAAGUGAAGAUCUGUCACGCUCGCUGUACUCCACGCUGCCAGAAACUCUGGAGACACUUCACGCCAAACAGGCUUCUGAGCUGCAGAGCGAGCUGAAGUACAAAGCAGCCCUGAAGAAAGAUUUGUCCUCCACUUUGUUCCAUCAGCUGCCGGAGACUUUAGAGACGUCUCACGCUAAAGAAGCUGCUGAGCUGCUCAGCGAGCUGAAGUAUAAAGAAGACGGUAAGAAGGAGAUGAGCAUCAACUUGUUCUCGCUGAUGCCGGAAACCAUGGAAACGCAUCACGCUAAAGAAGCAUCAGAGCUGCAGAGUCAGGUCAAAUAUAAAGAAGAAGUGAAGGAAACCAUCCAGAGCAGCUUGUACCAUAAACUAUCAGAGACUACAGAGACACAGCUGGCGAAACAUCUGUCUGAGCUGCAGAGUCAGACCAGGUAUAAGGAGGCGGGGAAGAAGGAGGCCACUUCCUGUCUCUACGCUCAGCUGCCCAACACCAUGGAGACGCAGAGGGCCAAAGAAGCUGCAGAGCUGCUCAGUGAGAGUAAAUAUAAAGAGGAAGGGAAGAUGUCCGGCUCCCUGUACUCCACUCUGCCCGACACGUUGGAAACCAGCUUUGCUCGAGAGAUGACCGACAUGAUGAGUGAGAACAAGUACAAGGAGAACGGGAAGAGGAACCUCUCCCAGAGUUUUUACUCUCAGCUUCCAGAAACCGCAGAGACUCGGUUAGCUAAAUCUGUCUCUGAGCUGCAGAGCGAGAUAAAGUACAAAGAAUCAGGAAAGAAAGACGUAACAAAGUCAGAGUACUCGACUUUACCUGAGACUUUAGAUACUCGGCACGCCAAGGAGGCAUCGCAGCUGCAGAGUCAGCUGACGUAUAAGCAGAAUCAGAACACCUCCAGUCUUUACCACCUGAUGCCUGAAACCAGGGAGACUGAGUUUGUUCGACAGCAGACAGAGAUGCUGAGUCAGGUCAAAUAUAAGGAAGAUGGAAUGAAGGAGAUGAGCUCCAGCCUUUACUCUCUGCUUCCUGAAACUCUCGACACGCGGCGCGCUAAAGAGCUGAUGGACAUGCAGAGCCAGGCUAAAUACAAGGAAUCCAGCAGCAACCAGACGUCUCUGUUUCACCGGCUGGCCGAAACUCCGGAGACGCGCCGCGCCCAGGAGGCUUCCAGGCUGCAGAGUCAGCUUGUGUACAAAGAAGCGGUCCAGAAGGAUCUGGCGUGUCCUGCUUACCACCAGCUCUCUGAAACUCUGGAGACCCAGCUGGCCCGGGAGAUGACGGACCUGCAGAGCCAGCACAAAUACAAAGAGGAGGGGAGGAAGACACUGAGUCAGAGCGUCUUCGCUCAGCUGCCAGAAACCAGCGAGACCGAGUUCCAUAAAAGUGUCUCUGAGCUGCAGAGUCAGAACAAGUAUAAGAAGUCAGGGAGACAGGAGGCCGGAUGUUUGUACUCUGUGAUGCCGGAAACUCUGGAAACUCAACACGCCAAGCAGGUUUCACAGAUCCAGAGUCAGGUGAGGUACCGAGACCACCCGCAGACGGAACCUUCGUAUUCCAGCCUUCCUGAGACCCUCCAGACCCAACUGGCUAAAGAAGUGACAGAACUCCAAAGUCAGGUGAAGUAUAAGGAGAACAGUAAGGGGGAGGCAAGCUCCUCCCUGUUCCACCUCCUCCCAGAGACGCCUGAGAUGCUUUUGGCCAAACAGCAGUCAGAGAUCCAGAGCGAGGUGAAGUACAGGAAGGAUGUGGAGGACCUGCCCAACAGCCUGUUCUCGCUGCUGCCGGAGACGCUGCAGACCCAGUUUGUUAGAGAGAUGGCCGAGACUCACAGCCAGGUGAAGUACAAGCAGGCGGCGAAGGAGCAGGCGGCGGCGCCUCUUUACUCCACACUGGCUGAAACUCUGGAGACAAAACACGCUAAAGACGCCGCGGAGCUGCAGAGUCAGAAAAAAUACUCAGAGGAAGGAAGGAAACAGAUGAUGUCAUCGUUGUACUCUCGGCUGCCUGAAACUACAGAGACUCAGUUUGCUCGAGAGGCGGCAGAAAUCCUGAGUCAGAACAAAUACCAGGAGGGUGGGAGGCGGAGCCAGGCGCUGAGCGUUUACGCCCAGCUGCCACAGACCAGCGAGACCCAGUUCGCUAGAGCGGUUUCUGAGCAUCAGAGCGAGCUCAAAUACAGAGAGGCGGGAAGGAAGGAGGCGUCCAGCUCGCUGUACUCAAAGCUUCCUGAGACUCUGCAGACGAAGCACGCUAAAGACGUUUCCGAGCUCCAGAGUCAGGUGAAGUAUAAACAGGAAGUGGACAGGUAUCUGUAUCGCCAGGUGCCUGAAACCACAGAGACCCUCCUGGCUAAAGAGCUGAAGGGCGUUUACAGCGAGGUCAAAUACAAAGAGGAGGGGAGGAAGGAGGUCAGUAGGAACCUUUACUCGACGCUCCCAGAAACACCAGAGACUCGGUUUGCUCAGCAGAUGUCCGAGUUGCAGAGCCAGGUGAAGUACAGGAAGGAUGUGGAGGACCUGCCCAACAGCCUGUUCUCGCUGCUGCCGGAGACGCUGCAGACCCAGUUUGUUAAAGAGAUGGCCGAGACUCACAGCCAGCGGAAGUAUAAAGAAGCUGGGAUGAAGGAGGCCAGCAGCUCUCUGUACCACCAGCUGCCCCAGACUCUGGAGACUCAGCGUGUUAAAGAGGUCACGGAGCUGCAGAGCCAGAACAAAUACAAGGAAAAUGGGAAGAAGUCCAUGUCGUCCAGCUUGUACGCUCAGCUGCCGCAGACAGCCGAGACGGAGCUCGCCGCCAAGAUGUCAGACCUGCUGAGCGAGAAUAAGUACAAGCAGGAGGGCAUGAAGAAACUCUCCGAGCCUCUUUACUCUCAGCUGCCUGAAACCUCCCAGACUCAGUUUGCUAAAACCGUCUCUGAGCUGCAGAGCCAGGUGAGAUACAAGGAGGCCAGCAGGAAGGAGGCCAGCAGCUGUUUGUACCAUCAGCUGUCAGAAACCCUGGCGUCGCAGCACGCGAGACAGGCCACUGGGCUGCAGAGUCAGGUGAGGUACCAAGAAGGUAAGAAGGAUCUGAGCACCAACCUGUACGCUCUGCUGCCUGAGACCGAGGAGACCAAGUUCGCCAAAGCCGUCACGGAGCUGCAGAGCGAGAAUAAAUACAAGCAGAAGGUCAGACAGGAAGUGAGCAGCAGCGUUUUCCACCAGAUGCCCGAAACUAAAGAGAUGGAGUUUAUGAAACAGAUCUCAGAUCAGCAGAGUGACGUGAAGUACAGGAAGGAUGUGGAGGACCUGCCCAACAGCCUGUUCUCGCUGCUGCCGGAGACGCUGCAGACCCAGUUUGUUAGAGAGAUGGCCGAGACUCACAGCCAGACUAAGUACAAGGAGGCGGGUAAGAAGGAGCUGGAGAAGUGUCUGUACUCGCAGCUCCCCGAGACCAAAGACACCCAACAUGCUAAAGAGCAAACACAGCUCUGCAGCCAGAGAGCUUACAGAGAAGAAGGGAAGAAGGAGUCCGGUCACAGCUUGUACGCUCAGAUGCCGCAGACCAUCGAGACCGCCUUCGCCCAGGAAGUCACCAAAGCUCAGAGCGACAAGUUCUACAAGGAGAAAUAUAAUCGGGAGAAAGGGAAGUCCAGCUACACCAGCAUGGAAACUCUGCCUGAGGUGGAGCAUGCCAUGGAGGUCAGCAAGAACCAGAGCGAGGUCAGUUACAGGAGGGGUAAAGAGGAGCUCCAUCACUACAACGUGGUACCAGACAGACCGGACUUCAUCAGCGCCGCCAACGCAGCCAAACUGGCCAGCGAUGUGGCCUACAAGAGCAACACCCAACAGCCCGUUUACAGCGACAGGUCAGUUCUGACCCGAAACGACAUCCUGCACGCCAAAGAGGUUUCCAAACUGGCCAGUCAGGUGAAGUACAGAGAGAGCUUUGAGAGAGGACUAAGGGGACAGAAGCCGUGCUACAACCCUCUGGACUGCCUGUCCUUCAGACACACGCAGGCCGCUGCAGCGCUGGCCAGCCAGGUGAAGUAUCGGACCAAUCAGAACCAGAAGCCUGAGGGGUCCUUGGACCUGCCCAACCUGCUGCAGCUGGAACACCUUCUGAACGCCAGCAAGCUCCAGAGCAACGUGGAAUACAGGAAGAAGUACGAGCAGACGAAGGCUCACUAUCACAUCGCCGUGGACACGGCGGAACAGCGCCACCAUAAGGAGAACGCGGUGCUGCACAGCCAGGUGAAGUACAGAGAAGAGUACGAGAAGAACAAAGGUCGCUCUCUGAUGGCGUUUGGAGACACUCAGACCUACCAGGUGUUCAGAAAAGCUCAGAAGAUCCAGAGUGAGAAGGAAUAUCGGCGCGACUUUGAGGAGACGGUGAAGGGGAAAGCUCUACUGGAGGCGGAUCAGACUCCCGGAUACCUGACGGCCCGGAACGCCAGCGUCCUGCUGAGUGAGAAAGAGUACAGGAAGGACCUAGAGGAAGUGAAGGGGCGGGGCUUAUCUGGACUGGGGCUGGAGGAAACACCUGAGCUGCUGAGGGUUAAGAAGGCCAGUCAGAUCCUGAACCAGAAGGAAUACCGCCGGGAUCUGGAGACGGAGAUCGUUGGAAAAGGCAUGGAGCUGAGCGCUGACGUCCUGGAGAUGCAGAGAGCCAAGAGAGCCUCGGAGAUCCAGAGUCAGGUGUCCUACAAGCAGACGGAGCAGCUGAGACAGAAUUCCUACGGGACUCUCACCGACACUCCUGAACUGCUCCACGCCUCCUACCUGAAAGACAUCUACAGCCAGAAGAAGUACAAGGACGAGGCGGAGCGGCUGAGGGGACGCUACAGCCUGCCGUCAGACACUCCCGAGAUGGAGCGGGUCCGGGACAACCAGAGACACGUCAGCUCCCUGCGCUACAGCUGGGACUCCAAGCUGAUGAGAGGACUGAUGGGGACGGUCACAGAGACACCAGAGAUCGUCCUCGCCAGAGAGAACGCCAGGAAGAUCAGUGACGUUCGGUACAGAGAGGAGGUGGGUUUUGGCACCGCCGUUGUGGACACACCUGAGAUGGAGCGGGUCCGACGUAACCAGGAGAACAUCAGCUCAGUGAAGUACAGGCAGAGUGAUGUGAAGCCGGUCAAUGUUGGAGUCACUCCAGAGAUGGAGAGAGUCAGACAGAACCAGGAGAACAUCAGCUCGGUAAAGUACCAACGUGGCCUGCAGGAGUUGAGGGGGCGGAGCUGCACAGAGCUGGACACACCUGAGUACAGGCGUGUCAGGAGGACACAGGACUCAGUCUCCAUGGCGAAGUACCACGAGGAUUUUGAGCGAACACGUGGCAGAGGAUUCACGCCGGGAUUGGAUGACCCCGGCAUGGAGCGUUACCAGAGAGCCAAUCAGAUGAUCGGAGAGGCGGGAUACGGCAGAGGGAUGCACCCCCAGGCUGUGGAGAUGGACAGACGACCAGGAGGCAUCAUCGUAGACCUGAGUGUGUGGAGGACAGAUCCAGGCUCCAUCUUUGACUUUGACCCGGUGGAGGACAACAUUCAGUCCAAAAGUCUCCGCAGGAUGUCGGAGCGUGCAGGUCGCAGGCUGAGCAGGCAGCACUCGCAGCAGUCGGUCAGCUCUCUGACCUCUGACCUUUGGGACCGCAGCAGCACCGACACCCCCGCUCCCGUCCUCCCCGGAGCGUACCAUCAUCAUCAUCAUCAGGGCGUCCAGAUGCAGCAGCAUCCGCCGUAUCACGGCUACAUGCAUCAGACCAGCAUGUCGUCGGUCCGAUCCGUCACCUCCCCGCCUCACUCGGCCUCCGUGCGGGUCUACCGAGCGCUGUACGACUACGCCGCUCAGGACCACGAUGAGGUCUCCUUCAGAGACGGUGAUGUCAUCAUCAACGCCCAGCCCAUUGAUGAAGGCUGGAUGUACGGCACGGUCCAGAGAACUGGGAAGUCCGGGAUGCUGCCAGCGAACUACGUGGAGGUCUGCAACUGAAGAGGAGAGACGUCCCGUCAGUGUUCCCACCACAGGUGGAGGAGGGGGUGUUCUUUACAUUUCAGGGUUGGUUAAUAAGUCCAGUUUAUAUGAAGUUCUCAGGUUUUAUCUGUCAACAAACCGUCUCACAGAUCUAAACCUGGUUUAGCUGAAAUGAAAAGAACUCCCCAGACGGCUGAGAUUAGGAGAUUAUCGCAGGUUUUCUUUAAAACAUGAAAAAGAAUCCGAUUCCAGAAAAGAGAAGCCAGACGGAAGCAAAACGAAGCGUAUAAAAGGAGCUUUAGGGAUGUCGUUAUCAUAGAAGUCCUGUGAUGUUCCUUACUCGUUCAUCAUCCUGGUUGUUGGCAGGUACAGGUGAUGAAAACUAACACGCCUGCUUCUAACUCGGGAAGGAUCCUGACAGGAACUUCACCUAGAAUCAGAUGCUGGAGUUUUCUCUUGUAGACUAAACUGGAUUCAUGCGGCGGCUCAGCAGGUUUUAUCUGAGUCAUCAGCGCCUCCUAGAGGUCAAACAGGGGAACAGUUACAGUAAAACUAAACUUGGGCUAAAGUCAGGCUUUCGUGUGCACCGUAAAACUCAAACUGCAGAGAAAAGAUCAAAUCUGGACUUUUUAUUACAUCAAAUUUGAUGCUUUUGUCGUUUUUCUCUGCAGCUUUAAUCAGGAAUAAAAUCAGCCAUGAAUAAUAUAUUCUGAUGCAUCCUGGAGAACAUUAGUACCAACAUGUACCUGUGUAAUAAUUAUGAAAUAUUUAGCUUUCAGGCUGAGGUUUAUGUUUCAGGAAAUAAUCCGUGUGAGUCUGCAUAUGCAGUCCCGGAGGUCAGAGGUCAGAAUAUCACCAGACUUUUACCUGAAGAGUUUGCUUCUUCAUUUGGACGAGUUAAUCACAACAAAUCUAAAACUCUUGUGUGUUUGGGUUGAGAAGUCAUUAAGUCAUGUGACCGAAGGAGGAGAUGGGCGUGGAGGAGGGAGAGGGAGCGUUUUAUGUUCAGGUGAGUUUAGAUUUCCAGUAAAUAGACCGAUCCCAGGUUGAGUCUGAACCAGCCGCUUCACUAACUCACUGUGUCUGAUUUUUAAACGUCUCAGUAACAAACGGACUGAAGUGUGUGUGAGCACAUCCACCUGUACCUGCAGAGUAUUUUGAUACGCGGGCUCCGUCUACGCCUUGGAAAGACGUAUUUAACUCUUGUGUGUUUCCAGUAAGUCGUGUUUUUGCUGUGUUUGUUGCAUCAGAAUAAAUCAUCACUAUUUCUCAUUCUAGCAGGAAAUGUUACAGUAUUUUAUUUUAUUUUAUUUUUGGCUCACUGAAAAUAGAUGCAACAGAAAAAGUUGAACUGAUUAUUCAUGUGUUUAUUUGAUGUGUUGAUUUUUGACUUUUAUCUUAUUUAGUUUGUAUUUUGACACAAAUAAACAUUUUAUUUACAUUUGAUUUAAUGUAUCACUCAGAUUAUGUUGUUUUGUCAGAACUUCAGUGUUUUCCAUGUGAUUAAAAACAAAUAAACCACAACAAAGAA